UUGAAUUGUCCAAUUUGUGUGAAAUUCGUGAAAAAAAUCGCUAGCCAAUCGACAGUUCGGUUCACACCUUCAUCAUCUAUCCGACGAGACAAUUACAAUUAAGCCUGAGUCCCCGUUUUCGCAGGGUGCGGACGAUUGCAGAUCCGUUCCAUGAUUCAGUUUGUUUUAGCAUAUUAUGCUUAAUCGAAAACAAUCAUGAGCUAUCCGAAGCAGCUGUACAUGGCAGAGCAUUUCGAAGACUUGGAGAAGCUGUACAUGAAGCUUCCCCCCGGCAUUAAGGAUCGCGAACUAGACGUCAUAUGCAAAUCGGCACGGAAGCUGAUCGAGCAGAGCGAACGAUACUACAUCAACCGGGAUGAGGAAAUGGCGUACAUUGGAUACAUGAAGCUGAUGAAUCUGGUGCAGGUCAUACGGAAGAAUAAGGAUUACGCGCGAAAAAAAGAAACGGUCACAAAGUUGCUCGGUACACAGACCGAGUUCAAUAGGAUUUUCGAAAAGCUGCAGAAAUUAAAGGAAAGCUUAGAGAACCGAUUUAAGGAGCGAGCCCGUCAAAAAGGAUUCACAACCCUUCCAAAAGCUGUUGAUGUGGAGCGGGAAAGCAACAAUGGAUCACUGGGAGGAAAGGAUGUGGUCAAGAUAUUACCUGCCUCGGGGCACAAACAAACCGUCACUGCGAUGGAACUGCACGGAAUGAUUAACGACUGUCGAAUUAGUAUGUUGAUAAUGGACUGCCGUCCUGUGAAGGAUUUUGAUGCGUCCCAUUUGCGGUAUUCGUUUCUGGUUAAUGUUCCGGAACAUUUAUUGGUGGCGGGUAUGACGGCCGGAAAGAUUAACCAUGCACUACCGCCUGAAUCUCGCACGCUCUGGUCAAACAGGAUGGUUAAGGAUCAGGUGAUACUGAUGGAUUGGAACACGGCCGGUGCGCCCGUUAAGGACACGCCGAUUUACAUUUUGAACUAUAUCCUAUGCCACUACGAUCAGGACAUUGAAGAUACGAAAAUUAUUCGACUGGAUGGUGGCUAUGAAAGCUUCGUUUUGCACUAUCCUGCGAGCUGUUUGAAUCCUUCCUACCGGCCACCGAUGGUUGCAGAUGGUAUAGGCGAAAAUAUAGACGAUAUCGAGUAUCCGAACAUUAGUGACAUUCCAAUGAAGGAAGAAAGUUUUACAAAGCCCGGAUUUAAACCGACCAUCGAUCGAAACAGCAAGGUGGCAGCAGUCAGCUUAUACGAGGCGCGGAAGAAACCUCUGGAGGACAUUCUAGUCGAACAUGAGCAGAUACUGGAUAAAUCGAAACAAAAUGCGCUUGAAAUUAUAAACACCGAAACGGAACUAAAGAACCUCGAAAAGCAACAACCGCUUGAGAACGGCGCGGACGAAACGCAAGAAUCACUGCUGUUCGAAGUGAUGCAGCUGAAGGAUCGCCAGCGCGAUUAUGAAGCUGAAAAAGCACGCAUUUUAGAAGAGGAGGAAAACUACAAGGAAAUGGAAAAGGAACAACAGGAACGUGGAGAACAAAUUUCUACCGAACAAGCGGAGCAGCUAGAACGGGAAGCAUACGAGCGUAGACUACGCGAUAAGGAACGGGAACAACGGGAGCUGGAAGAGAAAUGUCAGCGAUUGGCGCGCGAGCGUGAGGAAAAGCUUGCGCUAGCCCGUGAGCAAAAGCGGCACCUUAAGGAGAACGUGCCGGAGACAGUAAAGCGGGCUUACUCCGAAGAGGACCAGGGCCCCAAUGCGUACGGCAGCAAUGUGAUGAGGUUGCCACUGUUUGACCGAUCCGCUAAACCGCUGGCGGACCAUAAUCACAACGUGCGUAUACGCGAUCUGGACGUAGUGCAGCGCGACUUUGCACCGGUCUACGGAAGUGUGGGACGUGGCCUAACCGGGUUAAAGAAUCUAGGUAAUACCUGCUACAUGAACAGCAUACUGCAGUGCCUCAGCAAUACAUACUUUUUAAAUGAAUUCUUCCACGAUCCAUCGUUCAAGAUGCACCUCAAUCGGAACAAUAAAACGCAGGGCAAAAUCGGCGAAGAGGUAGCGGCCGUCAUCAAGGCGCUCUGGACGGGACAGUACAAGUGCAUUGCGAGCAAAAAUUUGCGGUACGUCGUCGGGCAGUACGAGCGACAGUUUGGUGGCAUUGAGCAGCAGGAUUCACACGAGUUCCUCACGAUACUUAUGGAUUGGUUACACUCCGAUCUGCAGACAAAACAGAUGCAGAUAUCAACCAGCCUCGAUCAGAUGCCACCGUCAGAGAAGGCAUGGAUAGAGCAUUUCAAGGGCAAGGGCAGCUACAUAUCGGAGCUGUUCUAUGGGCAAAUCAAAAGUACGGUCAAAUGCACCCGGUGCCACAAGGAAAGUGCCACCUACGAAUCCUUUUCGAAUCUCAGCCUGGAGCUGCCCCAAGAUUCGAACAUCUGUUACUUGGAGAACUGUCUCGAUAUGUACUUUAACGGAGAGGAGGUCCGCGGAUGGCACUGUCCAAAGUGCAAAAGCAAUCAGGAUGCGAUCAAAAAGUUAGACAUCUCCCGGCUACCGUCCAUAUUGGUGGUGCACUUUAAACGGUUUUACGCCGAUCCGGACACGAUGUCGACGGUCUACCGGAAGAAGCAAACGCUCGUCAAGUUUCCGCUGAGCGAACUGAACAUGACACGUUACCUGGCCCGUACCGAGGUGAACCGUAACAAACGGCUAACAACGUUCCGCUACCAUCUGUACGGUGUUUCAAACCAUUACGGUUCGAUGGAGAGUGGUCACUAUACGGCAUUCUGUUUAAACAAUAUACAUCAAAAAUGGUUCAAAUUUGACGAUUACAACGUAUCCAGCAUUGAUGCGUCGGAUGUGCAAGCGAGUGCUGCGUAUAUUCUGUUCUACUCCUGUUUACCCGAUCGACCACAGUCCGAUGUGCGAUAGGACAAUGCAUGUAAAUCUCUUUCACGUGAAACAAACAAUGGCACAUAUACCGAGCCGAACAAAUACACGUAUAUGCCGUAUAUUGUUGGGCUGAUCCGUACGAUCAGCUGGGAGUUAAGACUUUAGAAUGUUCAAAAGGGUGUUAACGUUGAUGCGAAGUGGGGGUAACAUACGAAAGCCGGGAUAUGAAACCAGGGGGUAAAACUGGAGCUAACACACUACCACUAUGAAAAGGAGUAUGUAAAGAACAAAUAUGUUUGGUAUUGAAACGAAAUGGAUAUGAUUAGGCGCAGUGCAGUAACUGCGUACUGACUGUGCAUAUAAUAUAUUGCUAAACACUAUUACUACUACUGUGAUUGCCAAUCAAAAAAAAAAACGAAGGAGGAACAAACUAAAGGAAUCGACUGCAUGUGCGAUAGAGAAAGAACGGGAUAAGUUAUGUACGAUGGUAUGAUAGAACAGCAAAGCUAAAGAUUUUUUGAUAAUAUGACUGUAGUGGGGGAGAUUUACGCACCGAUGUGCGGAUAUAGAAACAGGCAAACGAUACUGUAUAUCUUGAUGAAGAUAUAAUUCAUAUAUAAAGAACGAAACAGUAGUUUAUGUAUAAGCGAUGAAGAUAUGUUAAAAGCUACGAGCAUAUUUUUGCAAGCAAAUAUAUGAAGCAGUCCAAGCGGAUGGACUUA